AUGAAUGACUUAGGCUUUUUGCAUUAUUUUUUGGGUAUUGAGGCUACUUUUGAUUCCACAGCUAAGAAGUUGUUACUCACUCAAAAUAAAUACUCUCUUGAACUUUUGAAGAAACAUGACAUGUUAGGAUGCAAACCUUGCAGGACUCCAGUUUCUCAAGGUCAUAGAGCUUCAAUCUGUGAUGGCACUCCAUUAUUUGAUGCUACUUCUUUUAGAAGUAUGGUGGGUGGGCUUCAGUAUUUAACACUUACUAGACUUGACAUUGGUUAUGAUGUUAACUAUGUCCGUCAAUUUUUACAGGAGAAUGAUUGGGCAGGUUGUCUGGAUACUCGAAGAUCUUCUUCUGGUUACUGUAUGUUUGUAGGUGACAGUCUUGCUUCCUGGUCAUCUAAAAAGAAAUUCACUAUUUCACGCUCUGAGGCAGAAUAUCGUGGUCUUGCUAAUGCAACAACAAAGAUAUUAUGGCUUUCAUAUUUGUUUGAAGAAAUCUCAGUUAAUCUUCAUCUGCCGUGCAGGACUGAGUCCUUCAUCUCUGAUCUCAUCUUUGUACAUUCAAUACAAUAUAACACUACACCAAAAAUGGAUUUUAGCAACUCAGAUUCGCAACAGCAGCUAAGCUUCGAAUUUUCUGUUUCUAAUUUCAGUUGA